GCAUUAGGACACUUUUCCGCAGAUGCUACUUGGCCUGCUGAACUCCUCCAGUAUUUUGUAUGUGUUGCUUCCUCUACCUCCUCUUGCUCUGGACUAUUCUACCGGUUAAAAAUGAGAAGGAAUUCGUCUUCAGGAAGCUCAAACACGGCACAACAGUUUUGUUGUCUCUGCCUAGGUAUUUAAGAAGUGGAGCAAGGGAUCCAAUUGACCACCCUUCCUGCUCAGACUGUGGGGAGGGAUCCUCUCGGUCAUUUGACCAACUGGCACGCCUGUAAUUUACACAGGAGAAAGGCCUUUCACCCGCUCAGACAGUGGGAAUGGAUUCACCCGGUCAUCGCAACUGAAGGUACAUCAGCAAGUUCACACUGGACAAGGCCAUUCACCUAUUCUGUGUGUGAGAAGGGAUUCAGUCGGUCUUCCCACCUGUGGACACACCAAUCAGUUCACACCACACCGGGCAGAGGCUGGUCAACUGCUGAAUUUCUGGGAAAAGGAUUCACUCAGUCAUCUGACCUGAUGGCUCACCAGCGAGUUCACACUGGGGAGAAGCCAUUCACCUGCUCAGAGUGCGGGAAAGGAUUUACACAGUCAUCUACCCUACUGGUACAUCAGCGAGUUCACACUGGAGAGAAGCCGUUCACCUGCUCAGUCUGUGGGAAAGGAUUCACUCAGUUAGCUACCCUACAGAGACACCAGCGAGUUCGCCCGGCGGAGAAGCCAUUCACCUGUUCAGAAUGUGGGAAGAGAUUUACUCAGUCAUCCCACCUACAGAGUCAUCAGCGAGUUCACACUGGGGAGAAGCCGUUCACCUGCUCAGUCUGUGAGAAGGGAUUCACUCAGUUAGCUACCCUACAGAGACACCAGCGAGUUCACACUGGGGAGAAGCUGUUCACCUGCUCAGUCUGUGAGAAGGGAUUCACUCAGUUAGCUACCCUACAGAGUCACCAGCGAGUUCACACUGGGGAGAAGCCGUUCACCUGCUCAGAGUGUGGGAAAGGAUUUACACAGUCAUCUGCCCUACUGAUACAUCAGCGAGUUCACACUGGGGAGAAGCCGUUCACCUGUUCAGUCUGUGAGAAGGGAUUCACUCAGUUAGCUACCCUACUGAAACACCAGCGAGUUCACACUGGGGAGAAGCCGUUCACCUGCUCAGUCUGUGGGAAGGGAUUCUCUGACUCUUCCACCCUUCUGAUUCAUCAGCGAGUUCACACUGGGGAGAGGCCGUUCAGCUGCUCCGAAUGUGGGAAGGGAUUCACUCAGUCAUCCCACCUACGGAGUCACCAGCGAGUUCACUCCGAGGCGAAGCCAUUCACCUGCUCAAUUUGUGGAAAGGGAUUCACUCAGUCAUCUACCCUGCUGGUACAUCAGCAAGUUCACACUGGGGAGAAGCCGUUCACCUGCUCAGUCUGAGGGAAGGGAUUCACUCAGACAUUCACCCUACAGAGACAUCAACGAGUUCACACUAGAGAAAGGCCAUUCACCUGCUGAGAAUGUGGGAAAGGAUUCACUCAGUCAUCCCACCUACUGGCACACCAUCAGUUCACAAUGGGGAGUGGCCAUUGUUAUGAAUCUCUAGGUUUUGUUUGCUGUGGAGAGAGAGAGAGAGAGAGAGAGAUUAAGAAGGCAAAUGUGUCUGACUUGCAGCUUGUUUACAUCGCGUGCAGCUUGUUUAGUUUUAACCGAGGACACAGACACUCAGAGACAGAUAGAGACAAAGGAGGAAAAAUGGAAGAAUUGAAACCAGGGAACUAGUGGCCAAGGGUCACUGUUUGGAACCUUCCUUCGCCCACAAGGGUGGACAAAUUAUCGAUUCACCAUACAUCGAAUGUGUGGUUGUCACCUCAUUUGAUCCAUAGCAGAGGAUCUGAUUUGGGGUAUCCUGUGGAGACCACUUAUGUGUUAACCCUUGCCUGGCUGUGGUGUGGUAGUUCACUUGAAGAUGAUACCCCUUAUGACAAGUCACUUCGGGUGAUAAUUAGUAUGUGGAUUUGGAAGGAUGACAGAUAAAAUCUACAGCGACUGUUGGUCUCGUUUUACCACCAUGGAACCUGUGGAAUAUGACAUAAUGGCCUUCUCUCAACAUUUACCCUGGAUUACAAAUAUCUCUCUCUCAUCACUUAUUCUGUAGUUGAACUGAACUUUCAUACUUUACCAUCUCAAGACUCCAAGCCUUGUUUCCCCCGAGCUCAAUAGUUUGGGAGUUUUAUUUCUACAGAUUUAUACACAUAACACUCAUGAGGAAAUCUGUAGAUGCUGGAAAUUCAAACAACACACACAAAAUGCUGGUGGAACCCAGCAAGCGAAGCAGUAUCUAUAAGGAGAAGAAAUGUCGAUGUUUCAGGCUGAGACCCUUCGUCAGGAUUAACUGAAAGGAAAGAUACAAAGAGAUUUGAAAGUAGUGGGGGGAGGGUGAAAUGCGAAAUGAUAGGAGACAGGAGUUGGUGGGAUGAAGCUAAGAACUGGAAAGGUGAUUGGCGAACGUGAUACAGAGCUGGAGAUGGGAAAGAAUCAUUGGACAGGAGGCCUCAGGAGAAAGUAAGGUGCGGGGGAAGCACCAGAGAGACAUGGAAAACAGGCAAACAAUUAAAUAUGUCAGUGAUGGGGUAAGAAGUGGAAGAGGGGCAUUAACGGAAGUUAGAGAAGUCAAUGUUCAUCCCAUCAGGUUGGAGGCUACCCAGCCGGUAUAUAAGGUGUUGUUCCUCCAACCUGUGUUUGGAUUAAUUUUGACAGUAGAGGAGGCCAUGGAUAGACAUAUCAGAAUGGGAAUGGGAUGUGGAAAUAAAAUGUAUGGCCACUGGGAGUAGUCUGUUGCUGCUGGUUCUUUUUUAAAGCGUUAUGGUUUGUAACAAAAUGGGGCCUGCGUCUGGGAUAUGAACAAAUUUAAGGAUUGAUUUAAUAUCGAUUUCAUUGGAUAAAUCCCUUUUGAUUUAUUUGUGUGUGGAAAAUCUGCAGCAAUGGAUGUUGAUAGAUAUCUGGAAGUGUGAACCUCUCAGGCAUUAGAAGACACCAGAAGGAUUGAGUUAUUGAGUAUUGCUAAAGUGUUAAUAUUUGCUAAGGUGAAAUUGACAAUGAGGAGGGCACAGAUGCAGAGGAUAAUAGCUGAACAUUAUGUAUCUGAGGGGGUGUUUAAAGUGGAGGAGUUGGAGGUGUUUCCUGAACGUAAACCUAGUGAGCUUGAGCUCCAGUACAAGUGAGAAAAAUUAAAGAUGGAGGCAGAGGCAAUUUCAGGCUGGAGAGAUAGAAAAGCAGUAAGAAAAUACUCUUACUAAGUGUAAUUAAGGGGAAGGCUGAGCAAGCCUAUUCUGCUUUGACAGCGCUGAAGCAGCUUAUUAUUUAUUUAUUUAUGCUUCCCCAAUCAUCGCCACUGGGCUAUAAAUGUGCAGGAGCUGUGUGUGGUUCAGUGCUUUGCUCAAGGACACACACGCUGCCUCGGCUGAGGCUCGAACUCAUGACUUUCAGAUCGCUAGUUCAACACCUUAACCACAUGGUCACACACCACAUAUUAUGACCUAGUGAAACAGGCUGUGCUCAAAGCUUACGAGUUGGUCCCAGAAGCAGACAGGCAAAAGUUUAGAAAUUUGAAGAAAUCUAUGAACCAGACAUACGGAAUUUGCUUAUGAGAAAUUUGUGUGUUUUGACCGCUGGUGCACAUCUGAACAUGUAAAUGAUGAUUUUAACAGCUUGAAAGAGUUGGUUUUAAUUGAAGAAUUCAGCAGGUGUGUCCCUGAUGACAGAAAGAUGUAUUUAGAUGGAAAUGAUGCUGCCACUAUGGAGGAAUCUGCUGGAUUAGCAGAUCAGUUUGCUUUAACUCAUAAAGUUAUGUUUACCCUGAAUAAGAGUUUCCAAAAGGUACUUGUCAAGUUGUGGGUAAACCUAAUGAGCUCACCCCAGUGGCCUGUACCUGCAUUCAGUGAACCCUUUUUCCAAAGUUAUAGUGGAUUGUGUUGGCCCAUUGCCAAAGACCAAAGCUGGCCAUCAGUAUCUGCUAACUAUUUUGUGUACCACAUCCAGAUUCCCAGAGGCAAUACCUCUCAUACAUAUUAAAGCUAAAACUGUGGCGAAGGCUCUCACCAAGAUUUUCACAUUAUUCGAUUUGCCUAAAGAAAUCCAGUCUGAUCAAGGAUGUAAUUUUACAUUUGGAUUAUUCCAGCAGGUAGAACUGGGAGCAAAACAAAUUGCAUCACCUGCAUACCAUACAGAAUCACAAGGGGCUUUAGAAAGAUUUCAUUCUACCCUCAAAACAAUGAUUAAGACAUAUUGUGUUGAAAAUGGAAAAGACUGGGAUGAAAGAAUACAUUUGCUUUUGUCCACAGAAAGAGAAUCAGUACAGGAAUCACAGGGCUUUACUCCAUUUGAACUUGUAUUUGGUCGCAGAGUGACCUUUGACCUUGUUAAAAGAAACAGUGGAUUGAUGUUAACUGUUAGACUAUAUUUUGAAGUUCAAAAAUAAACUACACCAAACCUGAAAUCCAGUGAGACAAAACUUAAAGAUUUCUCAAAACAAAAUGAAGUGUUGGUUUGAUAACAGGGCUCGCGAAAGAAAAUACCAGGUGGGAGAUAAGGUACUUGCCUUAUGUUGACGAAUCCACUUCAGGCGAAAUUCAAUAGACCAUAUGAAAUAGUCUCCCAAAUUAAUGAUGUGAAUUAUGUUAUUAAAACACCCAACUGACGGUGAACUAACACAGGUGGUACACAUAAAUAUGAUAAAACCUUUUUUGAACAAGUAGGUACCAUCUGUGUGUGUUGUUGUCAAAACAAAUGAAACUGGCAACCCUGAGAAUGAAACAAUUGACUUGUCUGAGACUUUUUACAAGCCAAACAUGGUCCCAGUUAGGCUAAUGAACUCGGUUGUUCCAGAAAACAUUGCUAACAGGUUGUCUCAUCUGCAGCCAAAGCAACAACAACUUGCUUGUCCGAGAAAAUCUUAUGGUGGUGCUUUGGAAGGAUAGAUUAGAGAGCUCUUCUAGGGAGGCCAUUUGGGUGGAAUUGAAGAAUGGGAAAGGUGCAGUAACACUGAUAGGAGUGUAUUAUAGGCCACCUAAUGGGGCGCGUGAGUUGGAAGAGCAAAUGUGUAAGGAGAUAGCAGAUAUUUGUAGUAAACACAAGGUGGUGAUUGUGGAAGAUUUUAAUUUUCCACACGUAGACUGGGAAGCUCAUUCUGUAAAAGGGCUGGAUGGUUUAGAGUUUGUGAAAUGUGUGCAGGAUAGUUUUUUGCAACAAUACAUAGAAGUACCGACUAGAGAUGGGGCAGUGUUGGAUCUCCUGUUAGGGAAUGCGAUAGGUCAGCUGACAGAUGUAUGUGUUGGGGAGCACUUCGGGUCCAUUGAUCACAAUAGCAUUAGCUUCAAUAUAAUUAUGGAGAAGGACAGAACUGGACCUAGAGUUGAGAUUUUUGAUUGGAGAAAGCCUAACUUUGAGGGGAUGUGAAGGGAUUUAGAGAGAGUGGAUUGGGUCAAGUUGUUUUAUGGGAAGGUUGUAAUAGAGAAAUGGAGGUCAUUUAAGGGUGAAAUUAUGAGGGUACAGAAUCUUUAUGUUCCUGUUAGGGUGAAAGGAAAGGUUAAAGGUUUGAGAGCACCAUGGUUUUCAAGGGAUAUUAGAAAUUUGGUUCAGAAAAAGAAGGAUGUCUACAAUAGAUAUAGGCAGCAUGGAGUAAAGGAAUUGCUCGAGGAAUAUAAAGAAUGUAAAAGGAAUCUUAAGAAAGAGAUUAGAAAAGCUAAAAGAAGAUACGAGGUUGGUUUGGCAAAUAAGGUGAAAGUAAAUCUGAAAGGUUUCUACAGUUAUAUUAAAAGCAAGAGGAUAGUGAGGGAUAAAAUUGACCCCUUAGAGAAUCAGAGUGGUCAGCUAUGUGUGGAACCGAAGGAGAUGGGAGAGAUUUUGAAUGAUUUCUUCUCUUCGGUAUUCACUAAGGAGAAGGAUAUUGAAUUGUCUAAGGUGUGGGAAACAAGUAAGGAAGUUAUGGAACCUAUGACAAUUAAAGAGGUGGAGGUACCGGCGCUUUUAAGAAAUUUAAAAGUGGAUAGAUCUCCGGGUCCUGACAGGAUAUUCCCCAGGACCUAGAGGGAAGUUUGUGUAGAAAUAGCAGGAGCUCUGACGGAGAUCUUUAAUAUGUCAUUAGAAACGGGGAUUGUGCUGGAG